AUGGUCAGUGGCAACACCACAGUGAUCUCCGAGGUGAACAUGGCAGUUCAAGAGAACACUAAACAAAUCACAGCCGUGAAGGAGUCAUUUGAUGCUGGGAAGCAAGACUUGCGGCAAGAGGUUAUCCAGGUGUGCCAGUCUGCUUUACCGGAGGUGAAGGAUAAACUACCAGACGUGGUGGAUACGGUGCACCGCCUCGGUCCUAAGAAACCCAGCAACCACCAACCCAGAGGCGUCAUCAUGCAGUUCACAUCCAGGGUCCACCGUGAUGCUGUCUGGCGGGCCGCAAAGAAGUCAGCCUUCCUGAAGGACAACAACUUAAAGCUGGCAGAGGAUCUGUCAGCCGAUGACCGCGACCGGAGAAACCGACUCUGGCCCGCCGUGGAUAAAGCACGCAAGGAAAAUAAGUUGGCGUGUUUCGUCGGGGGACGCGCGUUCACCACCCCGCCGGUCUACCGAGGACCCGAGGGGAGUUACUUCGGAUACUCGGCGGACUUCUACCACGCUGCCCCCGGCAGCAACACAAUGAGUGUGCUGGUGGGGGCCCCCAAGGCAAACACAUCCCAGCCGGGCAUCGUGGAGGCCGGGGCCGUCUACUACUGCCCCUGGCCCGGGACCCCAGACAGCUGCAGACAGAUACCCUUUGACAAUGCCAAUAACAGAAUGAUAAAAGUGAAUGGUACCAGAGAGCCUUUGGAGUUUAAGUCCCACCAGUGGUUCGGAGCCUCUGUCAGAACUCACAAAGGCAAAGUGGUGGUGAGCAUGUGCGCGCCGCUGUACCACUGGCGGACGGUGAAGCUGAGCGGGGAGAAGGACCCGGUGGGGACCUGUUACGUCGCCGUCCAGAACUUCAGCGCCUACGCAGAAUAUUCUCCCUGCCGGACCAAUGACCCGGACCCCGAGGGACAGGGCUUCUGCCAGGCCGGCUUCAGUGUGGAUUUCACCAAGGCAGGAAGGCUGGUGGUAGGAGGACCUGGAAGCUUUUACUGGCAAGGUCAGGUAAUGACAGCAGGAGUAGCUGAGAUAUUGAACGGUUACUCUCUGAAGGCGGUGCUGAGAAAAAUCCCUGGGGAGAAACAAACCAGGGCUGCAGAGGACACACACGAUGACAGCUACCUGGGUUAUUCUGUGGCAGUGGGCGAGUUUACAGGAGACUCAGAACAAGAGCUGAUAGCCGGGGUUCCCAGGGGCGCACAAAACUUUGGAUACGUGGCAAUGAUCAACUCUACCAACAUGACCUUCAUUCAGAACUUCACAGGAGAACAGAUGGCCUCCUAUUUUGGCUACUCAGUGGCUGUGACUGACCUAAAUGGAGACGGGACUGAUGAUGUGCUGGUUGGAGCUCCUCUUUACAUGGAGAGGGAGAUGGAGAGUAAACCCAGGGAGGUGGGGAGGGUCUACCUGUACCUCCAGCUGGCCCCGCGCACCUUCUCCGAGCCCCUCCCCCUCACCGGAACACACACCUUUGGACGCUUCGGCACUGCCAUAGCCCCCCUGGGAGACCUCAACCAAGACGGAUACAACGAUGUGGCGGUGGGCUGUCCGUUCGGAGGAGAGGAGCGAGGUGGACGAGUGCUGAUCUAUAACGGGAGGAGAGACGUGAUCACUCAAGGCUUGUCGCUGAGCCAAGAGCUGAGAGCAGCUCGGAGCCCCAUCAGCAGCCUGCCGGGAUAUGGAUUUACUCUGCGGGGAGGAGGGGACCUCGACAACAACCAGUACCCCGAUUUGAUAGUCGGGGCGUUCGGCGUUGGCGAGGUGUCCGUGUACAGGGCUCGUGCUGUAGUGUCUGUAGAGGCGGAAAUGAUCCUGACUCCUCGAAUCUUAAACCCUGACGACAGACAAUGUCACCUGCCGGACACUGAUAUCAUGGUUACCUGUCUGAAGGUGGACGUCUGCGCAGCAGUGAGCGGUAUUGGGAUCCCCAACUCCGUAGACCUACAGGCAGAGCUGCAGUUGGAUUGGCUAAAAGGCGCAAGGGGUGGAGUUAAGAGGGUCCUCUUCCUGGACACCCAGCAGCCUCAGCGCAGAGGGGUCAUAUCAUUGGGUCGUGGCCGCCCACGCACAUGCCUGAGUUAUACUGUUUACCUGAGAGAGGAGGAUGACUUCAGGGACAAAUUAACUCCCAUCUCAAUGGCUCUUAACUACAGCCUGGCUCCUCCCCAUCGGGGCCAAGACCUCCCACCUGUCCUUAACCAUUACAGCAAAACUUUUCUCCAAGAGCAAGCUUACAUCCUGCUGGACUGUGGAGAAGACAACAUGUGCAUUCCUGACCUCCAUCUCUCUGCCAGCAUGGACCGUGCAGAGCUGGUGAUCGGAGAUGAUAACCUGCUCAUGUUGACCAUCAGCGCGGUGAACAGAGGCGAGGGAGCAUACGAGGCCGAGCUGCACACUCUGCUGCCGCCGGAGGCUGACUACAUCGGAGUGGAACGCAGGGUGGAGUCUCUGGCUAAAUUGAACUGUGAAUACAGGAUGGUAAACGAUUCCAGACUAGUGAUGUGUGACCUUGGAAACCCCAUGGUGGCUGGGACAGAGCUGUCUGUUGGUCUGCGGUUUUCUGUCCAGAGGCUGGAAGAUGCCGACCAGAAGAUUAGCUUCGAGCUACAGGUCCACAGCUCCAACAAAGAUAACUCCCACAGCAACCAAGUCAGUUUGAGUCUUCCCAUCUCCGCCAGAGCUCAGCUCGACUUAAGGGGGGUGUCGCAUCCUUCCCAGGUGGUGUUGCCGUUCCCCCGCUGGGAGCCCAAGGAGAAGCCAGUGAAGGAGGAUGACGUAGGACCCCAAGUAACGCACAUCUAUGAGCUCCAUAACUCUGGCCCCAGCAGUAUUCGGGAGGCGGAGCUCCAGGUGGGCUGGCCCUCUCGUUUCCGUGAUGAAAACCUGCUGUACGCCAUGGAGAUUCAAACCGACGGACCAAUCAGCUGCCGGACAAACACCAGCCUAAACCCGCUCGGCCUACAGAUCUCAGCUCUCCAGGACACCCCAGAGCUGUUGGGUUUCUUGAGGAACAGCAGCGCUCCUCACCGCCACAAAAGAGCCGUUGGAACCGCACAGAGUUACAGCAGCAAAACCUUGAACUGCAGUAAUAUCGUCUGUCUGAGGGUCAUGUGUGUGGUGGGCCGUCUGGAUCGCGGUCACAGUGCUGUGGUCAAGGUCCGCUCCAGACUCUGGGCCCACACCUUCCUACAGCGCCGUAAUGACCCCUACCUUCUGAACUCUACCGUGUCCUUCCUGGUCACGGCCAUGCCGUACCGUAUCCAGCCCCCGACCCUGCCUCAACACAACACCUCGAUGGGGACCCUGAUUCUGUGGGGCACUCCUGAUGUGGCAUUCGCCGUUCCUCUCUGGGUCAUCAUCCUUGCCAUACUGUUGGGACUGCUGGUGCUGGCCAUGUUAACGUUGGUUAUGUGGAAGUGUGGGUUCUUCGAUCGAGCCCGGCCACCAGCAGACGAUGACGUCUCGGACCGGGAACAGCUGACUUCUGGCCAAUCAGCAGAUGCCUGAAACAGUCUACAGCAGCUCCUGAACGGAGGAGUCUGGUAUGGGGUGGGACUCGCAUCUUCUGAGUGACUGACAUCAGACCUGAGAGCUGUAGGUUGACCCCCACAGUCACAGCACGGGAGCCCUUUUAAACCCCUGCCCCGACUCAAACUCCACCAACCCCACCCCCAUUCCACCCAUGUCCAGUCAACCAAA